UUUUUAGUCCAUCCCUAUUCGUUUCGUAAAUCAAACCUAUCGAAAGUCGGCCGCCUCUAGUGAAAAGUGCAAAUAAAAUAACCCAAUAGAGUUUUUAUUUUAGCAAAUAGCGCAGCAUCCGCACAUAAAAAGUCACAGCAUUUAUUAUACUUAAGUAGCAUUAGCAGCGGUCGAAAGUUAAGGUGGCCCAAGUCCCUACAACAAACCGAUACGGGCACCCAUCAAAAUCUUCCUCCUUAGCACACCUCCCCCCCCCCCCCCCCCCAUUCUCAUCUAGACACAUUCACACUCACACCCACACUCAUGAAACACUCAUCUACGCAAGGGACACGGGCGGCAUUUUCCUUUUGCAUUAUCCUGGGCGAUUCUUGGGAUGUCUCCUUAGGGUCUAGCUCUAUGCUUGGGAGUCUUACUUGGUAAUAGACACACAAAUAUUACUUUCUGUAUUUUGCCUCAUUACAUUGCACUGUUUCGAAACGAAAAACCGAAAAAAAACACUUUUUCAAAAUGACCCACAUCCAGACUAUAGAAAAUGUGGCAGACUGCAUUCCUUUUUACUUGCCGCACAGCUUGUACCUCAAGCCGCUGGCCAAAAUGCAAAUCUCCGUGUCGCUGCCGACGAUCAAGUCCGGCAAAUCCGUAUCUAACCUGGAGAUAAUGGACAAACUGGGCGCCGAGCUUAAGCCGGACAAGUUUCUCCUGCUCAAAGUCUCGAAAAGCACUGUAAACACCAUCCGAUUGGAAGCUGAGCUGGACGAGCGGAAACGUCUUAGGGCGGCCAUCCAACGAUUGGACGGCAUUUCUCUACGCAUCUCCGGCUUUAGUGAGUCCUUCCGAGUGCGUUGUGCCGAGUCUAAGGAUGACUUUCCAACGCGACACGACUGGGACUCAUACUUCCGGGAUGCCAGAAACAUGGAUGAAAUGAAGGCCGGCGAACGUCCGGACACCAUUCACAUCAGCCAUCUGCCCAUGCGUUGGUUCUGUCCGCGUCACUCGGAGCACGAGGAGAACGUCAAGCCCAGCGAGAACAUCUUUAAGCGAAUCUUUGAAAAGUUCGGACGCGUCCGGAUGGUUGACAUACCUAUCUGUGAUCCGUACCGAAAGAGCAUGCAGGCGGACAUUAACGGCAUGCGGACGUUUAGCUUCGAGCAGGAUGUUCUAUUCGAAGGAUAUGUUCAGUUCGAGGAGUACUCAAGCUUCGUCCGGGCCAUGGACGAGUUCAGGGGCAAUAAGUUGGUCCGAAAGUUUGUGGACAAGACUCAAGCCAUCAACAUUUGUGUGAGCUUCGACAAACAGAAGCAUCUCAGUGACUCGAACAUACAGCGCCGAGAACGGAUUCGGAAAAAGUUCAUCGCGAAAGCCAAGGCCGAGGACGAGGAGCGGGAAAAACUUAAAAAACAGCAGGAAGAGGAAUUGGAUCGCGAAAGACGAACAGUUAACAAAUAUUUAUUAUGCAUAACAAAUAUAUCAAAAGCAAAACAAAACACGCAACAUUGCAAAAAAAUUACAGGCAAAAGCAAGAAGAGUUGAAAAAAGCGGAAGCGGAAAAGCAGCGUGAACGCGAAGAAAGACGCAAAGAAAAGCACAUGAAAAAGAUCCAGGAGCGCGGCCAAGUGGAGAUCUCGCAAAAGAUUCGCAUCGAGGAGCGCAAGCUGAUGAUAGCGCAGCGCAAGCUGGAGAGCAUACGGACUCUGGAAAAACUAUUUGAGCGGAUACAGCUAAAACAAAGGGACAAAAACCGGCGAGUCAAACAAGAUGAUGACAAGGACAUCCAACGUGGUCGUCUGGUCGAAAAGUACAAGGCUGCCACUGAGAAACUUGUUUGUGAUCAGCGCAAAAUCGUACAGGAAAUAAAAAGCAAUACUCCUCUUUUGGGCCUUCUGAAGAGCAAAAGCAAGAAGAGCGCUGUGCCCGUAGACGCCAGCAGCGAAGACGAAGCGGCGGCCAGUAAGCGACACAAAAUGGGAAACGGCGUAACAGAAUCUGCGCCACCAGGCGAUGUCAACUCUGCUCUGAACCCUUUGAAUGCGGUGGCCGCAAUGGCCGCUGGCGCGGUUCCGGGACCAGGAGGUUACAGUGCUAAGGUUGCCAGCGAAUGGAUGCAGUCGCUUUCGAUGUUCGGAUACGGCCUGCCGGGAGUUUUUACCGGAGCGCUUUAUCGGCCACCUGCACCGUUCCCAGUCUCAAGCAAUUAUCGUGGCUUUGCUCCGAGACCUCGCGGUCGUGGAAGAGGUCGUGGCAUCGGCAUAAGAGGGAGUCGUUCCGGAUAUGACACGUAUUACAACACGAAGCACGAUCGCUACGACGACGAGAACGAGAAUGGCUACUACCACCGGUCUUCGCGGGGGAGAAAUAGGUCGCGUUCCUCAUCGUCGUAUUCAAGGAGUCGAAGCCGCUCCCGGGGACGCCGGCGCUCGAAGUCACGAAGUCGCUCCCACUACCGAAAGUCAUCUUACUCAUCGAGAUCCAGGCGCAGCCACAGCAGAUCCUCCCGCAGCCGCAGCAAAACGCCGUCACAGCGCAAGAAUCGAAAGCUGGCGUCUACGCGCCGAUCUCGUUCCAGCAGCUAUUCCCGGUCGCGAUCACGCUCGCACUCCCGCAGGCAAUCUAGCUCCCGCCGGGAUCACCGGGGCCGACAUCGUAGCAGUCGCAGUAACAGCAGAAGCCGCAGCCAUACGCCGAAAGAAGUCAUCCUGGAGGCCGACAAGCUGGUGGCUUCUGCCGAGAAAAUACAGCGCACCAUCGACCAGCACACCAAGGAUCGAAUGCGCGAGGAGGAGCGUGAGAUCAAGGAGAAGUUCAGACACCCACGUACCAACAGCCACAGCAGCAACCACAUGGACGCCGAACCGCAAGGCGAAGCCAGCGAAAGACGUGGCAGCAUCAGUAGCCGCAGCAGUCGUCGCAACUCACUUGCUGUCUGAAACGUAUUCACUAGUUUCGUUGUUAGUAGGAGUUCCAUUAAUAAAGUAAAUCAAAGUUGUUCUCCAACUACACUUGUCUUGUGUAUUUUCAGUUUUAUUAAAAUUAAGUUAGCGAAUUUGUGCAAAGUAUCUCAUCAUUUACUAAAACAUCAAAUUGUAAUUAUCGGAAUUAAUUAAAAGAACUGCCAAUACAGUACCUAAAAUGCUAACUUUCAUCUUCAACCUAAAUGGUUCGAAAACCAGAAUAAAAUGUUAAAUCUUGAUUAUUCCUAGAGAAACAAAUAUCCAUGUAAGUAAAAUUCCUAUUCCAGAGACUCCAUUGUAAAAAACUCUUAAAAAAAGUCGGAAAAUUACACACAACACGUAUAAUAUAUUACAAACCG